AUGCCAGUGACACUGACAGAUUUACCCAUAGAAUUGCUUCAUCAUAUACAUUUUCUCGCACUCAACCCCUUUCUCCCUUGCACGAACCACCAGCUUCACUCCAUCUUCCAUCGUCCGUCUUCAUACUACGCUGCCACCUAUCUCCUCCGGCUGUACUCUGCUUAUGGUCCGACUGAGAUUCUUACAAGAUCGUUGAGACAUCUGAUAUGUACCGUAGAAGUCGCAGAGGAAAUACGAAAAAUCUGGGAUCGCCGUAGGGGUUAUGUCGAACCUCCUAUAUUAUCAUCCGAGACCAAACGAAGAAAUUCCACCCCAUCAAUCGAAAAAGGAAAACAGCGGCGGGACAGAUCAGUAUCGAGAUCACCUUCGCCUACACCGCCACCAGAGCCUACUGCGCCCGCUUUACAAUGUACUGAAAUCCCUCGCCGUUUAUUUCGAGAUCCGUUUGAUCCUGGUCGACCUAUUCAUCCUCUGAUCAAAUACCUUUUCGACAAGUAUCAAUCAUCCCCGAAUUCUCAUAAAGGCUAUCCACUAUUUCGAGCGAUACUAACGUCAAAUUACGAAUUAGUGACUUUCUUACUUGAACAUGGUGCCGAUCCAGGUAUAAAAGAUUGUUUCGCUCUGGAUAUAGCUAUUUCGAUGAAAGAUUUGAAAAUGGUCAAAUUGUUAGUAGAAAGGAAUCCUUCGGAAACAACUCCAUCACCUGUCAAGGAAGGAUCGAAGAAUGGCAAGAAAGUUAAAUUGGGCGAUAGAGUUGAGAUAGGUACGAGGAUGGUUGAGAAAGCUAUAGAGAAAGGUUCGCAGGAGAUUAUCAAUUAUUUUGUUUAUGAAAAGAAGGUUAUGCCACCACUGCAUUCUAUCAUGAACAUCGGUAAGACCGAUCGCAACAGAUCGCAAAAGCGUAAGAGGCAAAUGAGACCGGCAUUACCUACUGAAGCAUAG